AUGUCUGAACAAACUGAAAAUCAAUUACACACAGUUGGCUUUGAUGCCAGGUUCCCCAACCAAAAUCAAACUAAGCACUGCUGGCAAUCGUACGUCGACUACCACAAAUGUGUGAAUGCUAAAGGUGAGAACUUUGUCCCUUGCAAGAUUUUUUUUAAGACUUUUUCUUCCUUGUGUCCAGUUGAUUGGGUCGAAAAGUGGGAUGAGCAGAGAGCAAAAGGUGUGUUCCCGGGUGAUAUUCAACCUUAA